UAAAUACAACGCUCUCGACAUUCACACACAAAAUUAAUUUCAAUUUCUGACUAAACCCCACUCCGCAAGUAUGAACAAGAAAGAUCGCAACGGCAAGAAAACAUCCAACGCGCCGCCGAUGGUCGGCGGCAUAGUUGAAAAGGGCUUCUCCGAAAACACCCCACUCUCCCCUUCCUCUUUCCCACGCGCCACCGUCCUUCCUUUUCCGGUCGCCCGUCAUCGCUCCCAUGGCCCUCAUUGGGCACCUAAAUUGAGUGAUUCUAUUGGAAACUUGAAUGAUGAGGAUGAGAAUGAGGAUGAUGAUGAUAAUGGGGAGAUGAUGGCACAGUUUGCUGAGCCAGUUCAGAGGAAAGAGAAGAAGAGUGUGGAUUUUAGUCGGUGGCGAGAGCUCAUAAAUGAUAAUGCCGGUAUGAUUUCGAAACCAGUGCAGAGGAAAGAGCAGGAGCUAAUGACUAAUGCAGUUAUGAGUUCUAAUAAGGAAAGCAAUAAGCUUAAUGCAAAGCCUAAAGAGCUAAAUGGAGUUAAUGAGGCUAAUAAAAUUGAUGAGAAUGUGAGUAGGCAUGUUGAUUUUGAGAAUGCUGUUCAGGUAGAGGGAGGGGUUUUUGGAAAUGAUUACAAGGUACAGGAUGUGGAGAUGGAAAUUGCAGAUUUUUCAAAGAAGAAUGUGGUGGUAGAACAAGAAGAAGAUGUCUCGGAUAUGAAUAUUGAUGAUGUGUCAACUGAUGCGCAUAAUGAACUUUUUCUCAGUGAACCUACAAACCAUAGGAACCCGUAUAAGUCAGCAUUAGAUAGGAAUGAUAUAUUGGAAUCUGUCUUGAAACCUGGUCGUGUCGACAAAUACUUGGGAUUUGAACAAGAACCAAAAACCCUUGGUAGUCAAAUCGAUGCUGAGAAUCGUGCUCGUCUUCAGGAAAUGUCAGCUGAUGAGAUUGCUGACGCACAAGAUGAGCUGAAGAAGAGGCUGAGUCCUUCAGUACUAGAAAACUUAAGGAGAAGGGGGCAAGACAAAUCAAAGAAGCAAAAAAAUUCAACUUCAGGUGUACGUAUUGGUGGUCAAGUCGGGAACCUUCGGGGUGAAAAUUUGAAUGAUAAAUCUACAUUUCCUCAGAGUGAAACAUCAUUAAAUGCGACAGAGACAGAUUUGGUGAUGACACAAGCUGACAAAGCAAUGCCAGUAAAUGACAAUAGUGGCAGUCCAUGGGAUGCUUGGAGCAAAAGGGUUGAAUCUGUUAGGGAAUUGAGGUUCUCAUUGGAAGGAAAUGUCAUUGAUAUGUCUGGUAUUAAGAGUGGAUAUAGUGCGGGAAAUGUCUCAGAACGUGACCUUCUUCGAACUGAAGGUGACCCUGCUGCUGCAGGUUACACCAUCAAAGAAGCAAUAGCGCUUAUUAGGAGUGUGGUUCCUGGGCAACGCGUCCUUGCAUUGCAUUUACUUGCAUCUGUGCUUAAUAGGGCAUCAAGCUGCAUCCUGCAAAAUCAAGUUGGGGACACCUGGAAAUGCUCUAACAACAGACUUGCUGACUGGGGGGCUAUCUGGGCUUUUAUAUUAGGCCCAGAGCCAGAGCUUGCAUUUUCACUUAGGAUGUCUCUUGAUGAUAACCAUGACUCUGUGGUUUUAGCUGGUGCCAAAGUCAUUCAGUCUGUACUUUGUUGUGACAUCAACGAGAGUUUUUUUGAUAUUUCCGAGAAAACAGUAACCUAUCAGAAUGGUGUCUGUACUGCUCCAGUAUUUAGAAGUAGACCCAGAAUCGAAGAUAGUUUUCUUAAAGGUGGCUUGUGGAAGUAUAAUACUAAACCUUCAGAUCUUCUUCCUUUUGAUGACAACACCAUGCACCACGAAGCUGAAGGUGAGAAAACUAUUCAGGAUGACAUUGUUGUUGCAGGACAAGAUUUGGCAGCGGGUUUGGUCAGAAUGGGGAUUAUUUCAAGAAUCCGCUAUCUUUUGGAGACGGACCCUUCAUCAGUUCUAGAAGAAUGUGUAAUCUCUAUACUAAUAGCCAUAGCAAGGCAUUCCCCGGCUUGUUCAGAUGCAAUUAUAAACUGUGAAAGACUUGUUCACACAGUUGUCAAAAGAUUUACUAUGAAUGACCAAAUGGAGAUCAAUUCCUUCAAGAUAAAGGCUGUUAAACUUAUGAAGGUUUUGGCUCAAUAUGAGAAGAACUGUUUAGAAUUUACAAAGAAUGGAACUUUCCAGAAGAUGACUUGGCAUUUGUAUCGAUAUACAUCCUCCAUUGACCACUGGGUGAAAUCGGGAAGGGAGAACUGCAAAAAAUCAUCUGAUUUGAUGGUUGAACAACUUCGUUUUUGGAAAGUCUGCAUUCAGUAUGGUUACUGUGUAUCUUAUCUCACAGAUUUGCUCCCUUCUCUUUGUAUCUGGUUGGAUGUAUCCACACUUGAAAAGAUGAUUGCUAGCAACAUUCUUGACGAGUUUACUUCCAUUGCAAAUGAAGCAUACCUUGUCUUAGAGGUUCUCACUAGACGACUUCCAAACUUCUAUUCACAAGUGGAAUCAGAAGAAAUUGACACAGAUGACAAAGAAACAUGGUGUUGGAGUCAUGUAGGCCCAAUUGUUGAUUUAGCUUUAAAAUGGAUAGCAUUUAAGAGCGAUUCAAAUCUUUCUAAAUGCUUUGAGUGGAAAAAUGCAAGUAGGAGCGAUUCUGUUGUGAAGAGUCAGACAGUGAAGUCCCUGUUAUGGGUAAUUUCAUCAGUCAUGCACAUGCUUUCCAGUUUAUUACUGCGUGUCAUUCCAGAGGAUACCUCUCGUCUUCAAGGGGGGCAGCUUCCAUGGCUUCCAGAGUUCGUUCCUAAAAUUGGACUUCAUGUAAUCAAACAUGAGUUUCUCAGCUUUACAGGGAUGACCAACAAAGAUUACGGCAAGUAUUCUUCUCGGUGUGGUUCUUUCCUCGAGUAUCUGUGUUAUCUGAGACAUGAAAGUGAACCUGAGAUGUUGUUUGCUUCUGUGGUCUGUCUUCGGGGAUCAGUUCAAGUUGUUCAUUCUAUUGAUAAGCUGAUCCGACUUGCGAACAUGCAUACGACAUCCUCCCAGGGAUUCACUUUUUCAAGUGAAGAUAAAAUACUUGCGGCUGGAAUUCUCAACUCUUCCUCGGCCGAAUUAGAAAUGAUGAUGAUAACUUUUAUGGACUUAAUUGCUUCCGAGUGGCAAUUUAUGCAAUCCAUUGAGAUGUUUGGUAGAGGUGGUCCUGCUCCAGGUGUUGGUAUCGGUUGGGGUGCUUCUGGUGGCGGGUUUUGGUCGAAAACAGUCUUAUUGGCUCAAAUGGAUGCAAAUGUGGUCAUUCACUUACUUGAGUUACUUCCAGUUGUGCAUGCCAAAGAUCCACCAAAUUCUGAAGAGAUGAGAUUUAUUAUGCAGAAAAUAAAUUGUGCAUUGAAUAUAUGUUUAAUCGCUGGGCCAAAUGACAGAUUCUUGCUGGAUAAGUUGUUAGGCUACCUGUUUCAAAUCCCUGUCCUUAAGUGUCUUGAUCUGUGUGUCAGGGAAUUCAAAGAAAUCAGGUGGCAAUAUGAAGAACAAGACUACCAGCUCUUCAGUGAUUGCUUGACUUCACACUUUAAGAAUAGAUGGCUGUCUCUGAAAAAGAAGUCAGGGGCAGAAAGUAAAAAGAGUCGUUUGGGUCAUGAAUCACCUAAAAAUAAAAAAUUUAAUCUGGACACUAUACACGAGGAUUGUCACACGUCAAACAUUAAUGGUCAUGGCCAUAAUUCAAAUUUUCUGGUAGUAGAAUGGGCUCAUCAGAGACUGCCACUUCCUUCACAUUGGUUUCUGAGUUCACUCUCAAACAUUAUAGACAGAAGUGCUAAACUUUCUAGUGUACCUGAUUCACUAGACUGCAAAAACAAUGCUGCCUUACUAGAAGUGGCGAAAGGUGGAUUAUUUUUCCUUUUAGGUAUUGAAUCUGUGUCGAAUUUUCUUUCUUCUAAUUACCACACAUCAGUUCAACACGUGCCACUAUCAUGGAAAUUGCAUUCUUUAUCGGCAUGCCUGUAUGAUGGAAUGGGUGUUCUUGAAGACAACAGUAGAGAUCUAUUUGAGAUUUUGCAAGAACUAUAUGGACAGCAUCUUGAUAAGUCAAGGCUCUUGCAUAAGGGAGGGAUGGAUAAUAAUCUGGAAUUACUGAGGUUCCAUUCAGACGUUCAUGAGAGUUACUCUACAUUUAUCGAAACACUGACAGAGCAGUUUGCUGCUGUAUCUUAUGGUGAUAUGAUAUAUGGGCGGCAAGUUACUAUGUAUUUACAUCGCUCUGUUGAGUCUCCUGUAAGACUAGCUGCAUGGAAUUCCCUUUCUAAUGCUCGUGUUCUUGAACUUUUGCCACCUAUAGAAAAAUGUAUUGCAGAGGCUGAAGGGUACCUCGAACCUGCUGAGGACAAUGAUAAGAUUCUGGAGGCUUAUGUGAAAUCAUGGACGUCGGGGGCUCUUGACAGAGCAGUUGGUCGUGGCUCAGUUGCAUUCACAUUGGUUCUGCACCACCUAGCCUCUUUUAUUUUCGUCAAUCCCAUUGGUGAUAGGGUAACAGUGAGAAACAAACUUGUUAAAUCUCUCUUGAGAGAUUAUUCUGGUAAAAAGCAACAUCAGAGCAUGAUGAUGGAUCUAAUUCGAUACAGCAAGCCAUCUACUGACCAACAACUUGGCAAAGAACUUCCAGUGCCUCAGAUGUAUGAAUUUGACAAAAGAUUUGACUUGCUGAAACAGGCCUGUGAAGGAAGCAUCUCGCUCUUGAGUGAGGUAGACAAGCUUAGGUCUAGCUUUGGAAAGUAACAGUUUUGUCAUAUGACAUGCUUGUACAGAGAGGUAGCUAACCAAGAGUAGCUUGAACUAAAAGCAUGAUAAAUUUUCUUAUGAUGGAAAUUAAGUCUCUCUCCCGGCCCUACUUUCCUACUUCAGUUUCAGCUGUGCUUUCGAGUAUGGGGGGUUAGGAGGGCUGCAUAUAUCAUUUUUGCGAGUGAGGUACGUCUUCCAGGUCCUUAGUGGCACAUACUGAGCAUGCAUGGUUUGGUUAGUAAUUCCGUUAUUUGCUGCAUACCUGCAGUAUACUAGCACUAACUUCUCAUCAGCAUAAGCAUUAUAUCCUGUUCGGCUUCUUGGAUUCUUUUUCUUGCUAAAUGUGCAACAAUUUCAGGGCCCAAUUAGUUGGAAAACUGUAUUAUUUGCCUGAUAUCA